AUGAUAAGAACAGCGCGGUUGCUACUGUUGGGGAGGGAGAGGGUGUACAGCACGUUAACGUGCAGACGCGAUAAAUUGGAUUCGCUUAAGAUGCUAUCAUACGAGUUUUACAAAAGAAGCCAAGGCAAAAAGGGGGUGCCUGCAAAGGUGCACAGGGAGAUGGCCCCAGGCGCAGCGACGCUGAGUGAGCAUCCUCAUGGUGACUUACCACCUGGUGAGCUGCCACCCGGUGAAUUGCCACCCGGUGAGCGGCUGUACCGCGAAGCAGUAACCGUAAGUCACUCCGUUGAGCGAAUGUUCCGAGAAGACAUAUACAACAGCCAAAGCUACGUCCUAAUCCUGAAGGGGCUAGUGAACACCCUCACCCAUGUGAAGGAGGAAAAGAAGAGAGGACACUUACGGAAGCUGAUAACCACCUUUGUGGGAUUCUUCCAACCAUAUGUGCACCUCAUGAAUGAACAGGACGUCACCCUGUUGCUAGACGUAACGGCCAAGUGUUCCAUCCGGAAUGCACAAUUAUACCAACUGAUAAUACAGCGGCUCAGCAAGGGGGAAAAGAACACCUUGUUUUACUCCCUCAAUUCGAAAAGCGUUUGCAUCAUUUUGAAUAGUCUACAUAAGGUCAUACCCCAGGGGGAUCACGCCGAUCGCUACGCCGACCAGUACGUCAGUUCAGCUCGCCGCCUAACCAGUGACGUCUUCCACUUCUACGUUGUGAACAGGUACAAGAAUUUCUCCCUGGGCCAAAUGACAAUUGUGCUGCACUCCAUGCAUAGGUAUGGUUACGAAAAGUGCAGAGUGGCUAGCUUGAUAAGUCACAUUGCGCAGCGGGUUUUGGAGAUAUCCAAAGGGGGGGAAACUUCCAAUUGGGGAAAUACUAUCAGCGUAGGGGGCACCAAAAGGAGGAUCAAAACAGACAACUCGGUCGAAUGCGAAACGAAUUCACCAUGUGACUACAAGGCAAACGAACGUACACCACGGAGGAGCAACAUUCCCCUCACUGCUGCUUCCCCAUCACGAACGGAUGACCGCGCUUCUAUAUUCAACCUGCACAAUAAGUACGAGUUAAUCCUUUUGCACACACUCAGCUGCUACAAUUACUGCAACAACGAGCUGCUUCGCGUCCUCCUAUGCGAAGUAAAGAGGAAGCUAUUCACAACGUAUAACGAAAAGGAAGUCUGUAUGUUCCUCUCUGCAGUUAGUAACUAUCUAGCGAUACCCACAACAAAAAGGUUUGAAGUGCACGUGACGGAUGAGGAAAGUAAUAUAAAUGAAGACAAUCAAAUGUGCGUCUCCGAGUUGGUACGAACACUCGUAACAAAGGAGAAAAGACGGUUGAGCAAUUACACCAAAUUUAGCAUAGCCACAAUUUAUAUUGUUCUGUCCAAAUUAAAUUUCUUUUACGAGAAUAAACAUGCAGAUGUUUUUUUCCUGGAUAAGUUGUUUGAAAAAUAUUUUCCCAAAAAAAAAAAAAAAUUUUUUUUUCCCGUUGAGGAGGAUAACAUAACAGUCAAGACGAUAAUAAGUUUGUUGUUUUCUCUCAUUUUAAAUGGCCAAGGGGAUAUCACCUACUACGGUGCUUUGUUUGACAGUCUGAUGUUGCAACUGUGGGAUGGCACAGAAGACGCCUCAACGGAAGUACCCCAAAACGUGAACAAAGGCAGAAGAGCGCUGCAACUGCUGUCCGUGCAAAAUGCCCACCUCCUCUGUGUGGUUUACACAUACCUACAUUUGCACAACAUGCUCGCCCAACUAAAAAGGACAAACUUAAAUUUCUUCCACUUUCUCAUGGGCAAUUUUAACUACAUGAAUUGUACGCACUUGAAGCAGCAUGUGUCGUCCCAAAUUCACGCGGAAAUUAACGCAACCAUUGGUUUAAUCAAAAAAAAAAAAAAAAAAGAAUUCGUCCUUACCAACGAGUGCUUCGUUUUUCCCUACUACGUCGAUAUUUGCCUGGGCAGGCCGUGGGCGUGA